UCCCUUCGUAUAACAGUUUUGCGUGAAGGUUCCAGCAUAAAACUCACGCUAGUGAGUCCGCAUGAGGUUGCCUCAUUUGUGAGAUCCAGUGAGGCAGCUGUCUGAGCUCAUGAGAUGAGUUGUCCCUCAACUCUUGCUGAGAGAAUCAUUGAGAGUGUGAGCAUACCCUGCCGAAGCAUCGGUACACCCGGCCCAAGGGAGCAAGGGAGUAACUCGCGGUGAAAAGCCCGAGCCCGAACCAUUUUGUUGGCCUGGACACUGGUUCGCAGGGGGGAAAGAGAACUGGUUUCUGCAGAGCCAGAGCGAUACUCUGCUCCGUGUUCCGUGGGUCGUCUACAAGGUUUUUGUUGCUGUGGUUGUUGUUGUGUUGGUUCCCUUUUCCGUUGGUCCGCGCACUUGAUGCUUACGGCUCGCUUGCCAGGGCCACGCCGGUUCGAGCCGUGUGGUGUGCGUUCGGACCUAGGCAGUGCCGCCUCGCUCUCCUCAGUAAUCGCGAGAUCCCGCAGCAGUGAACAACCAGCGUACGGGCGCGGUGCAUGUGUGUGAUCUGUUUUUGUAUUUCUGCUCUCGUUCGCGUUUACGCGCGCGCAUCCAAGCCGGUAUUUACGUCGUCAUCGUCGUCGUCUUGGUCGUCGUGGUCGUCGUUGUCGCCGCCGUUGUCAACGUCAAUAUCGUCGUCGGCGUCGUCGUUCUCGCCGUGGUCGUUGGCAUCGCUCCGUUCUGCCAUGACGAUGCCGGCAAGUAACGCAUUAAAGUGAUUGGCGAGUGAGUGUGUUUGUAGUUGCAGUGUGGUGCAUUCGGUGUCUUGCGCUUUUUUUACAUCAGAGAGAAAGCAAAUUAAAAUACAACUUACAAGCCGUGGUCGUUUAGUGAAAAUGUAGAGUGAUGUGAGUUAAAAGUUAGUUUUCUACCGGGGGAAAAACUGUUCCAUUGUGUAGUGCAAAACAGUUUUUGUUGGGUGUGGUGGGACAGUUUUUUGAUGCAUCGCGGAUUGUGGAUACAUCAGUGAAUGACCAAAAUGAUUCAACAGAAGCUGCCACGGGCUGUUUUAACGAUAUUAACAGUGGUGCCGUUGUUUCUACCGUGUAUAGCCGAGCAGCAAAAAUUCCGCCUAAUUCCGGGCGAUCUGGUCGUGGCGGAGGGUGCCGAGGCACUGUUGCGAUGCGAAAUUCACAACGCAGCCGGUUCGGUGCAGUGGACCAAGGACGGUUUUGCGUUGGGGUUUACGCAAAGCAUACCGGGAUAUCCACGGUAUUCGGUGCUCGGUGACAGUGGUCAGGGCAUCUACAAUCUGCGGAUAGUGAAUGUCACGCUCGAGGAUGACGCCGAAUACCAGUGCCAGGUGGGACCGUACAUGCACCACAAGCUGAUCCGUGCCAAGGCCAGGCUGACCGUAAUCGCUCCACCCACAUCGAUCCAAAUCCAGGGCUACAGCCAGCAUGCAAAGGUGGAAGUACGCGAGGGCGAAGAGCUGACGCUUACAUGCGUCGUUCCGAACGCGAGGCCAGCCGCACAGAUCGUCUGGUACCGGGCAAACGUGGAGUACAAAUCGAACACGAUCGAAACCAAGAGCGCAGAGACGGAAGAUCACCGGUACACGGCCACGUCCAAGCUGCAACUUCAACCGACCGCGGAAGAUGACUACAUCGACUACACGUGCCAAGCCCGACACCAGGCAAUCCCGGAAGACCGUCCAAUGCAGUCGACCGUGCAGCUUUCAGUGCUCUACCCUCCCGGUGUGCCGUACAUCGAAGGAUAUGCGCCGGGUGAAGUGAUUCGCCGUGGACAGCACGUUCAGCUGGCAUGUCGUAGCCGGGGCGGCAAUCCACCGGCCCAGCUGAUCUGGUAUAAAAACGGCAACCAGGCACGAAUGGCUUACCGGACCACGGAUCGGUUUUCGGAAAACAUCUACGCGUUUGUGGCCGAAGCGAGUGACAAUAAGGCCCGCUUGCGCUGCGAAGCGAACAAUAAAAUGGCGACGAAGAUACUCAAAGCAGAGAUUAUACUCAACGUGUUGUUUGCACCAACCCAAGUCAUCGUUUCCGGACCAUCCGAAGCACGGGUAGGCGACAGUGUGGCCUUACAGUGUCAGACAACGGCAUCGAAUCCGGCCGCAGAGAUUAAAUGGGUCGUCAAUGGGAAACAGGUGACAAACGCCUCGUCAAAGGUUGUCCCAAGUCCAGAAGGAGGAUGGGUAACGACCUCCAACAUAACGGCAACGGUGGAGGCUAGCAAACGCUCGCUGGUUGCCAUUUGCCAUGGUGUUAACAUGCAGCUGCCUGAAAACGUACAAUCCACUCACACCGUGAAUGUGCUGCUACCUCCAGGACCACCGAUUAUUUCUGGCUACACCGAAGGAUCGAUUAUUACGGUCGGAACAAGGCAAAAGAUCAUGUGCACAUCGUCUGGCGGCAAUCCACUGGCGACGCUGGUCUGGUACAAGAACGAUAAAAAGAUCAAAUCCGUAAGCAAAACGACGGACCAGUCGGUUUCGGCCGAACUGUCGAUACUGGCAAACGUAACCGACAAUCAGGCACAGUACCGGUGCGAGGCGCACAACUCAGCCACCGAGAUACCGCUCUUCGAAACGAAAGUUCUGACCGUGCACUUCGCACCGGAGACGGCCAAGAUACGGAUCGAACCGGCUGAACUGCGGCCCGGCAUCGAAGCGACGCUGAUAUGCGAUUCCAGCUCGAGCAAUCCGCCGGCAAAGCUGUCCUGGCGGCACGAGGGCACCGUACUGGAAGGUACGAACAACUCCUCCAAAGCUGGACUGUGGGGCGGGACCGUGUCUUCGCUUGAGCUGAAGCUGAACAUCACGCAGGAUAUGGACGGCCACGUAUACACCUGCCAGAGCACGAAUGAGAUGUUGCAGCGUAGCAUCAACGUGGCUGUCAAUUUGCCAGUGCUGUAUGAGCCCCGGUUCCAAACGCCAGCCGAAACCGUUGUCCACGGUGUGGCGGGAGAGCCACUGACCGUUGCCCUGGUCGCGACCGGCAAUCCGUCGUCCAUCGCGUACACCUGGACCAAGAACGGCCAAACGAUAGCAUCGACCGGUAGUAGUGGUGAACCGAGAAUCGUCUCCGAGGGACCGAUCCUUAACAUUACCAAGCUCGAGCGCACAGAUGCCGGCGUGUACACGUGCGAAGCCGUCAACUCCCAAGGGUCGGCGAUGAUUAAUAUCACCCUGCAAGUCAAGUAUGCUGCAACGAUAAAAGCCAUUUCGGAGCACGUUACCGUCGAUCCGGGCGAGGAUGCAAUACUAAACUGCACCGUAGACGGAAACCCAUUAACGCCGGACCAUAUUCGCUGGGAGCGGGAUGGGUACGAUCUGCGAGCGAAAACCACCACCGGCUACGCAAACGGAACCGGCACGCUGGUGGUGAAGGACGCCCAAAGGGAGGAUGUGGGCAAUUUCCGGUGCAUCGCUGAUAAUCGUGUCGCAGCCGCGGACAGUCGCAAUGUGCUAUUGAUUGUCAAAUUUGCACCCGAGAUAGACAAAUCGCCCGCAAUGCUACGUGCCGCGUCCGGUCCGGGCGACCAAGCGCGCCUUCCCUGCCGGGCCAAGGCAGCACCCGCGCCCAUCUUCCACUGGAUCCGUACCGGGCAGGAGCUGCCGAUCAACCAGUCCUCCAAAUACUACACCCUACACCGUCAGCUCGAUCCCCUAACGCACGAAUCCAUCCUUGUAAUCGAGCGCAUCUCCUCGCGCGACUAUGGCGAUUACGAGUGCCGUGCUAAAAACGAACUCGGAAGUGGAUCCGGUACCGGUCGACUGGACGUACGGUCUGCGCCCGAUUCGCCCGCCACGCUGACGGUGCUAAAUGUAACGCAUGACAGCGUUACGCUCGGCUGGGAGCCCGGCUUCGAUGGUGGACAUCGUGCGAGCUACCGGAUACGGUACCGGGAAGCAACGUCCGAACGGUACCGGUACGAGGAUGGUCCCCCGAACGCACACCAGCUUACCGUGGCCGGGUUGCGUAGCAACACGCUCUACCUGUUCUCGAUCAUGGCGGCGAACGUACUCGGCGAGAGCCGUUACUUGCCCGAUCUGACCCGGGCCCAAACCAAAGAGCGACAGCCGCAGCCACCGAUGGAAUCGUCCUCCUUCCUGGCGCCAUCGUCUCCAGCUGGACCGUCCACCUUGCUGCUGCUUGGAAUUGGGGUCGCGGCCGGUAUAGCCCUGGUGCUGCUCAAUAUCCUUCUUAUCGGAUUCUGUCUCUACCGGCGCAGUCUACCCGGCAGCUCCAGUUCGCGUCGUGCGCGGCACGAUCACAAAUACACCGGCGCGCUGUACAACAGCGGUGACUCAUCCAACCCAAACAGCAAAUCGGCAACGAUUGAGAUGUAUGCGCCCAGCUCGUACAACGAUACAGUGACGGGCGAGACACUGUCCAGCGUUUCGGAAAAGAGCGACGCGUACUCGAACGACGGUAGUCAGCCUGAUUUUAUGGAUGAAACUAGAAAACGUGCUGUUUCUACGUAUCUAAUCGAUGGAGGAGAGAUGCAACCACCGAGGUACCAGCAGGAGGGCAACCUACCUCACUACGCAAGCAAUACCGGCACUGAGAACGGAUAUGAUCAAUCCGGGCCCACCGAUCAACUGAAAAACUCAACUAUGGACGGCUCCUACUAUCACAUGAACAACGACCGUUUCUAUCCACCGAUGGAUUAUCCGGGCGUCGAGUUUCCCACACCUCCACUACCCAUUUUACCUUCCGUUGGACCAACGGAAAGCUCUUCCGAAACAUUACGACGGGUAGCGCGAACGAUGGUUCCACCGCCUGAUGUAACGCACCACACACACCACAGAACUGGCGGCCAACAGCACGAUUCCAGUAGUCUUUCCGCGACGUUGCCCUUCGGUUCACUCAAUGCCAGCAUUUCACAAGCCGUCCAAUCGACCCCCAAACAACCGCAAGGUAUCCUGAAGGAUCCAAAACGGAGCAACAGUUCCGCUAGCGGAAGUCACACCUAUUCAAGCCUGCCGCUUCAGCAGCAGCAGCAGCUGUACAGUAUACACAAUCCCUCACCGAUCCCGUCGGAUCAGUAUGUGGCUGGACCGAGCGGGUAUGGGUUGAUGAUGGACCCACAAGGUCACGUUGGCACCAGUGCGGGGAGUAUUUUGCUGAUGGGAGCGUAUGAUCCGCCAGCUAGUUCCAGUCUAGCGUCAUACAACGUUUCUGUCGGGUACACCGAUUCGGACGGACAUCUGGUUUAGCGUUGAUAGGGUUUGUACGAAUCAGAGGGCCAAAAUCAAUUAUUAAUGGGUUAUAUUUUGAGGAAUGACACGACACUUAAUUGAUUAGUGUAUAGCUACCCUUCAGUUGUAUUUUACAAGGCAAAAAUUAAUAUUUUACGUAGGUUGCGUAAAUUUAAUGAUACUUUAAUAAUACUUUGUUAGUAAGGUACAUGAUUUUUUACUCAUGAUCGAAGAAAUAACAUGUUUAGAAUACGCCUUGACACAUCGUAAAAUAGCGAUGCACUGUGAAGUGUGAAGCCAAAAUCGAUUACAUUCGAAGAUGUCCAUGCAAAUGCUCGUAUAAAUACCAUCUAUUUUACGGCGAGUAUUUUCACGCAAUACAUGGGCGUAUGUCAUCGCACUAUACAAGUUGACCGAAGAUCGCACCCAAAUUGAUGUGAAAUAUUGCAGUGACUUUGCUAUUUGGCUACUUUUUCACGCUUCAAAGCGUGAAUUUGUCUCGGUACGACUAAGCGCACGGAUACAAAAAAUCACAAACCAUAUAGUGACAUAUAGUAAUAGUUUUUAAAAACUGUUUCACGAUAAUUUACGAUAACGAAACAUUAUUUAAGGGAAUGAUUUUAUUUUUGUUUGCCAAUUUUUAAACAAGUUCACAGAAACUACCAAAGUUAAUAAUGAAAUAAGAGGUAAAGAUACACGUUGUCAAUUAAUCAUUCAUAAGAACUCAAACCUUAAACUAAUAAGAAUGAAGUCAUAUUCUUUAUUUACUUAUUUUUCUUCAAUUCUAAAAAUUCUGAUCGACAAUAAUGAAACAUUAAACAAUUGAAAUUAAAUUUCACUCAUUAUUUUAGAAUCGCUUCUUUGGUUUUUCUUUACAAAGGUUACCUCACACACUUUAUUAUUGUAUCGUUAAGUUUAAAUAUUUUUUUAUUUAUCAUGAACGUGACAAAUUUUGUAUUUUGUUGGCAAAGUUACUGUAAAUACGUCAAACGAUACGAGCAUUGAUAGCAUUUUAAGAACAACUGUUAGCCAAAGAAGUCGAUGCCGAUGCCGGUAAAGUUAACACGUCAGGAAAACAUCGAACCAAUAAUAUUCGAUUUUUUUUUUUUUGAAAAUCUUGAAACAUUUUGGCUUUGAAGCAAAAAAAAAUUGCGACCCAUUGAGCAGGUUCAAGAAAGCCAAAUAAACUGCCAAUGGUUUCUUGAGAGAUGAAUACACCAAUUCUUCUUUCUUACAUUUUUUUAUAGCAACAUAAAACAACAUAGAAGUGGGCUGUCUACCACUUUCGAUUGAUUUUCAUACCAAUGCAAACCAGCACAAAUACUUUCUUGGAAAGAUUCUUGUGACUGAGGCAUGGGCAAACAGUUUACCAGAGUGCUAAACAUUUCAUCACUUUGUGCAGAUGUGCAAUAGACCACAGUUAGCCAAACUAUCAUCACAGGUCAAAACAGACACAAAAAAACGCAUGCGAAACAACUUACCGAACGUGUACAUCCAACGAGUAGAUAGAACAAAGUAGUGUAAACAAUCAUUUUAAUAUAAACUUUAUCAUAGAUAGUUUCAGCAGACAAUGUAAACAAACAACAAAUUAAGAAGAAUGAGAAUAAGACGUGAGAUAAUACAGUGAAAUGAAGAUCAAAGCAUUGACACGGGUUUGUUCUUCAUUUGAGUAUUUGUAUGACUUUAGAAGAAAAAAUAAAGAUCAACUGCUAU